AAUUCUAUAACCUUAAGCCUUUUGCAGAAAUUUUUUCUAAUAAGUAAUUCCAAAAAAAUGAAGAAAAUGCAUCUUAUACACACUCACCACCACCACAACCUACAAGUUGACGAUCCAACAAUUAUGGCAAUUUUCAUCCGAAACUCUCAUCAAAUGCCGAGCAAUGCUGGAGUUUUUGUGCAGGCCGUGCUCUUUUUGCUCAGUUUUGUGUGUACUGUUGUCGGUGUUAAGAUUGCGUUAAAAUUUACAAUUUUCCACAAAAACCAGCGAAACAUCUUUAUUGCCCUACUGCUUCUCUGGUUUGAGCUCCUUAUCUGCCGAAUUCUUUUGUGGGCAUUUAAAUACAGUCUGGCUAUUGAAAUAAGUAAAGCUAUCGAUUGUGACGACGAGUGCCAUCAUUUGGGACGGUGUAGCUUUGAGAAAAAUAAAUUUGACCCAAUUUUCAUUUCUGCAAUUAUGAGAUAUCACUACAUGUUUUUUGUGCUCGCGACUCCGGUUGGGAUACUUGUUGAGCGGAUUUUUGCGACCGUUUUUGUGAAAGACUACGAAAAAGAGAGCCGUUAUUGGAUCUUCGGCUUGAUCUUCUUCUCCCAAAACAUGUUCGCAUGCACCAUGUCAGUUUUCACCACGACAAUGGGUGCCACGUUUCAUUUUAUAAUUUUAACGAUUCUAGGCUCGUUAUCUGGCUCGGCGGUGAUCUAUGCUCUAGUUGAGUAUUUCAAUCAACGACGGCUCACAAAACUGGAAAAUGAGCACCGGACUACAAACUACACUCUGAGCAUUCGCUACCAAUUGAAAGAGAAUUUGAAGACGUUGAAGCUUAUGCGCCAGUUUUUCAUCUCAAUAAUUGUUAUAAUUAUUGCAAUGGGACUUGCAAAUUAUCUUCCAAUUCUAUUAAAAUUAGAUGAGGACACCAUUUUGACCGUCCGGACAUAUAUGGAUUAUAUUUUCCAUUCAAAUCCCGUGUUCCUUGUCCCGACUGCAAUUUUCACCAUUGAACACUAUAGGAAAUAUGUGCUGAAAAAAGUAAAACUCGGCUUGGGAAUGCGUCACGAGAGUCGGAAGAUGGACACCCGGAAGCUCCGCCCACAAAUUGCCACCAAGGAAAUUGACACUUUUUUUGAAAUUUUUGUGAAGCAGCUAGAAGGAAGUCCACGAAAAAUGCAGUCGGGAAGCUUUAAGAGGAAUAAAAAUAUUAUGUGAAAUUUUGUGUAGGAGCAUUUUUGGUUGUCGAAUUUUGUUGAUUUGUU